AGGUGCUAGGCAGAGUUGGUGGAGGUGGGCUCGCGGAGCCCAGUGAAAGAGGUGCGGAGGCUGGGGCGGGCCAGCAGCGGGCGGGGGAGAGGGGAGGCGGGGCUCGGAGCCUGAGAGGCUGUCCUUAGACAGCUCUUCUCAUGCCGGGCAGUUUGCUGCAUCUGGAGGAGCUCACUGGAGAAUCUCCAACAUCGGAGCGGGCCUUCAACUACCAUCCUACUACAUACUGAGGAGCAAAAUCGGAGACUCAGGGUGCCGACCAGCACCAGAGGCCCCACAAUGCAGGACAGACCAGGGGAGGGGGCCACCAUGCUAAGGACAUUCCUCAUCUUACUCUUUUGCAUUCGGCUGAGUCUAGGGAAGACACCGAUAGGAAUGGAACCUCAACCGGAGCUGUGGAUCGAGUCCAACUAUCCCCAGGCUCCUUGGGAGAACAUCACACUUUGGUGCAGAAGCCCCUCUCGGAUAUCAAGCAAAUUCCUGCUGCUGAAGGAUAAGACACAGAUGACCUGGAUCCGCCCUUCCUACAAGACCUUUCAAGUUUCAUUCUUCUUAGGUGCCCUUACUGAGUCCAAUACAGGUCUUUACAGGUGCUGCUACUGGAAGGAAACAGGCUGGUCAAAGCCCAGUAAAGUUCUAGAGCUAGAGGCACCAGGCCAGCUACCUAAGCCCAUCUUUUGGAUCCAGGCUGAGACCCCACCUCUUCCUGGAUGCAAUGUUAACAUCCUCUGCCAUGGCUGGCUGCAGGAUUUGGUGUUCAUGCUGUUUAAAGAGGGAUACGCAGAGCCGGUGGAUUACCAAGUCCCAACCGGGACAAUGGCCAUAUUCUCCAUUGACAACAUGACACCUGAGAACGAAGGGGUUUACAUCUGCCGCACUCACAUCCAGAUGCUCCCCACUCUGUGGUCAGAGCCCAGCAACCCCCUGAAGCUGGUUGUAGCAGGACUCUACCCCAAACCAACUCUGACAGCCUAUCCGGGGCCCAUGAUGGCACCUGGGGAAAGCCUGAAUCUCAGGUGCCAAGGGCCAAUCUAUGGCAUGACCUUUGCUUUAAUGAAGCUUGAAGACUUGGAGAAGUCCUUUUACCAUAAGAAGCCAAUAAAAAACGAGGCACACUUCUUCUUCCAGUCCCUGAAGAGCCAAGAUUCUGGACAUUACCUCUGUUUUUACUAUGAUGGGUCAUACAGGGGUUCACUCCUUAGUGAUAUCCUGAAAAUCUGGGUGACUGACUCUUUCCCCAAGACCCGGCUACUUGCUCAGCCCAGUCCUGUGGUCCAAAUGGGUCAGAAUGUGAGCCUGCGCUGUCAAGGACAAGUGGAUGGAGUGGGGCUUGCACUCUAUAAGAAAGGAGAAGACAAACCUCUUCACUUAUUGGAUGCCACCAGCAUCAAUGAUACCAAAUCAUUCUUCCUGAACAAUGUGACCUACAGUGAUAGUGGCAUCUAUAGCUGCCACUAUCUUCUCCCCUGGAAGACCUCGAUUAAGAUGGCAACACACAACUCUGUGGAGCUUGUGGUUGUAGAUAAGCCCCCUAAACCUACCUUAUCAGCUUGGCCCAGCACUGUGUUCAAGCUAGGCAAGGCCAUCACCCUUCAGUGCCGAGUAUCUCAUCCAGUACUUGAAUUUUCUCUGGAAUGGGAAGAAAAAGAAAAAUUCCAAAAAUUCUCAGCGGAUGGUGACUUCAUCAUUACUAAUGUUGAAGGGAAAGGCAUAGGCACCUACAGCUGCAGCUAUCGUGUAGAGGCACACCCUAACAUCUGGUCUCAUCGUAGUGAGCCUCUGAAGCUGAUGGGGCCAGCAGGCUUUCUCACCUGGAAUUACGUUCUGAAUGAAGCUAUCAGGUUGUCCCUAAUUGUGCAGCUUGUCGCCUUGCUGGUGGUAGUACUGUGGAUAAGGUGGAAGUGUCGGAGACUCAGAAUCAGAGAAGCCUGGUUGCUGGGAACAGCUCAAGGGGUCACCAUGCUCUUCAUAAUCACGGCCCUUCUCUGCUGUGCAGUUUCUUUUGCAGGACUGUGCAAUGGGGUAUUGACAGAAGAGACUGAAAUAAUCAUGCCAACCCCUAAGCCUGAGCUGUGGGCAGAGACAAACUUCCCUCUGGCCCCGUGGAAGAACUUAACCCUCUGGUGCAGAAGCCCUUCUGGCUCAACUAAGGAGUUUGUGUUGCUGAAGGACGGGACUGGGUGGAUUGCAACUCGCCCGGCCUCAGAGCAGGUCCGGGCUGCUUUCCCCCUUGGCGCCCUGACCCAGAGCCACACCGGGAGUUACCACUGCCAUUCAUGGGAGGAAAUGGCUGUGUCGGAGCCUAGUGAGGCGCUUGAACUGGUGGGAACAGACAUCCUCCCCAAACCUGUCAUUUCUGCUGCUCCCCCAGUUCGGGGCCGGGAACUGCAAAUCCGAUGCAAAGGAUGGCUGGCAGGCAUGAGUUUUGCUCUGUAUAAGGAGGGAGAACAGGAACCUGUCCAGCAACUUGGUGCCGUUGGGAGAGAAGCCUUCUUUACAAUCCAAAGAAUGGAGGAUAAAGACGAAGGCAAUUAUAGCUGCCGCAUGCACACUGAAAAGCGCCCCUUUAAGUGGUCUGAGCCCAGUGAGCCCCUGGAGCUUGUCAUAAAAGAAAUGUACUCCAAGCCCUUCUUCAAGACAUUGACCAGCCCUGUGGUCACCCCUGGUGCCCGAGUGACUUUCAACUGCUCCACCCCUCACCAGCACAUGACCUUUAUUCUUUACAAAGAUGGCAAUGAAAUAGCAGCCAGUGACCGGUCUUGGGCAAAUCCAGGGGCCAAUACAGCUAACUUUGUGAUCGAUUCAGUGGGCAUUGGUGAUGGAGGGAACUACAGUUGCCGCUAUUAUGACUUUGCUAUUUGGUCUGAGCCUAGUGACCCUGUGGAGCUGGUGGUGACAGAAUUCUACCCCAAACCUACUCUCCUGGCACAGCCAGGACCUGUGGUACUUCCCGGGAAGAAUGUGACCUUGCGCUGCCAAGGGAUUUUCCAGGGCAUGAGGUUUGCCCUUUUGCAGGAGGGAACCCAGGCUCCCAUGCAGUUCCAGAGUGCCUCUGGCAACUCAGCUGAUUUCCUCCUCCACACUGUCAGCACAGAGGACUCUGGAAACUACAGCUGUAUUUACUAUGAGACAACCAUGUCCAACAGGGGCUCAUAUCUCAGUAUGCCUCUUAUGAUCUGGGUGACUGACACAUUCCCCAAACCAUGGCUGUUUGCUGUGCCCAGUUCUGUGGUCGCCAUUGGGCAGAAUGUUACUCUCUGGUGCCAAGGUCCUGUCCAUGGAGUAGGGUACAUUCUGCACAAAGAAGUUGGACCCACUUCAAUGCAGCUCUGGGGAUCCACCAGUAACGAUGGGGCAUUUCCCAUCACCAAUAUAUCUGGUGCUAGCCUAGGGCAUUACAGCUGUUACUACCACCCUGACUGGACCAGCUCUAUCAAGAUACAGCCUAGCAACACCCUGGAACUCAUAGUCACAGGCUUGCUCCCCAAACCCAGCCUCUUAGUCCAGCCUGGUCCCAUGGUGGCCCCCGGAGAAAAUAUCACUCUUCAAUGUCAAGGGGAACUGCCAGACUCAACAUUUGUCCUACUGAAGGAAGGGUCUCAAGAGCCCUUAGAGCAACAGAGGCCAAAUGGGUACAGGGCUGAUUUCUGGAUGCCAGUGGUGAGAGGUGAAGAUUCUGGGAUCUAUAGCUGUGUUUAUUAUUUGGACUCUGCUCCCCUUGCUGCUUCAAAUCACAGUGACUCCCUGGAGAUCUGGGUGACCGAUAAACCUCCUAAACCCUCUCUGGCAGCCUGGCCCAGCACUGUGUUCCAGCUAGGGAAGGACAUCACCCUUCAGUGCCGAGGCCCCCUGCCGGGUGUCGAAUUUGUCCUGGAACAAGAGGGAGAGGAAGCACCUCAGCAAUUCUCAGAGGAUGGUGACUUUAUCAUCAACAACAUGGAAGGAAAAGGCAUUGGGAACUAUAGCUGCAGCUACCGCCUCCAGGCCUUCCCUGAUAUCUGGUCUGAGCCUAGUGAUUCCCUGGAGCUGGUGGGAGCAGCAGGACCUGCUGCUCAAGAAUGCACCGUGGGUAACAUUGUCCGAAGUAGCCUGAUUGUGGUGGUUGUGGUAGCCUUGGGGGUGGUGCUAGCCAUAGAGUGGAAAAAGUGGCCUCGACUCCGAACCAGGGGCUCGGAGACAGAUGGAAGAGAUCAGACUAUAGUCCUUGAAGAGUGUAACCAAGAAGGAGAACCAGACACCACUACUAACUCUCCCUCCUCAACCUCUCAGGGAAUCUCAGUGGAACUUCCAGUCCCCAUAUAAUAAUCCCCUUUACAAGAGCUUUCCUCUCCUUUCCUUUACCCUCAGAGACCUGGAAAUCCAGCUGAUUACCCUGAGUGUCAACCCUAUCUACUGCUCCUUGACCUCUAAUCACCUGAGCUGGGUGAAGGGGAUUCUGGGAGUUGCAAGCUCUACCAGGAUGAGAUGUUUCCCAAAGAGAGGUUCCUUACCCCUAUAACUCCUCACUGUACUGAUUCACUGGUGCAUGGAAUUCUAUUAAAAUGUAUUCUUCUGAAUAAAGAGAGUAUUCACUAUAUAACU